GUUGGCAAAGUUAUAUCUAGUUCUGCUAAAUAGUUUACAUGUUUCCAUUUUCAUCCUGAUUUAUUUACAUUUAAGAGAGCUUCUCUGCUUUAGAUGAUACUCAAGGAACAUUGCAAGGAUUUGAGUUCCUUAUUUUUUUUCCCUGACUUUUCUCAUCUCAUUCUAUACCCAGAAUUGUAUUAAAAACAAGUUCCCAUGCUACUCCAGGGAACACCAACGUACACAUUCAUAGGAAACUACUUUUCUUUGAGAUCAACUUAACUCAGACAGAAUGGUUGACCAGCUCCAAGGAACGUGGAAGUCCAUUUCUUGUGAAAAUUUUGAAGACUAUAUGAAGGAACUGGGUAUAGGAAAAGCCAGCAGGAAACUGGGCUGUUUGGCAAAACCCACUGUGACCAUCAGUACAGAUGGAGAUGUCAUCACAAUAAAAACCAAAAGCAUCUUUAAAAAUAAUGAGAUCUCCUUUAAACUAGGAGAAGAGUUUGAGGAAGUCACACCAGUUGGCCACAAAACAAAGAAUAAAGUAACCUUAGAUAAUGGGUCCCUGAUUCAAGUUCAGGACUGGAAUGGCAAAGAAACCACCAUAACAAGAAAGCUGGUGGAUGGAAAAAUGGUGGUGGAAAGCUCUGUGAACAAUGUUAUCUGCACACGAACAUACGAGAAAAUAUCUUCAAACUCAGUGUCAAACUCUUAAGGCUUUCUCAGGCUGCCCUCCAAAAUAAUGAGGUUGCUUAAAUACAACUCCAAAGUAAAAUAUUAUGACUGUUAA